GGCGGGGCUGCGGGGGCGCGCGCGUGCGCAGCCGUUCCGCGGAGGGACGAGGCACAGCCGCGGAACCGCCGCCAGAUCCGCUCGCUGUCCACGCCGCCUGUCGCGCCGGCCGUCGCGCCGCCCGCCCCGCGUCCGCCGCCGCCGCCGCCGCCACCAUGGGAGUGCAGGUGGAGACUAUCUCCCCCGGAGACGGGCGCACCUUCCCGAAGCGCGGCCAGACCUGCGUGGUGCACUACACGGGGAUGCUUGAAGAUGGAAAGAAAUUCGAUUCCUCCCGGGACAGAAACAAGCCCUUCAAGUUUGUGCUGGGUAAGCAGGAGGUGAUCCGAGGCUGGGAAGAAGGGGUUGCCCAGAUGAGCGUGGGUCAGAGAGCCAAGCUGACUAUCUCCCCAGACUAUGCCUACGGCGCCACUGGGCACCCAGGCAUCAUCCCACCAAAUGCCACUCUCGUCUUUGAUGUGGAGCUUCUAAAACUGGAAUGACAGGAAUGGCCUCCUCCCUGAGCUCCCCAUUCUUGGAUGUGCCAUGGAAGGAUCUGGCGCCUCCAGAUGCACACAGCGAGUCCGUACGGAGCUUUUCCUGAUGUUCCACUACACUCUUUGUAUAAACAUCUUCCCUGACUGAAUGUGUUCUGUCACCGGCUUUGCUCUUCCCCUUUCUCCUCGUAUGUGUGUUGACCUGAACUAUAUGCCAUAAACCUCAAGUUACCCAUUUUAGUUUGUUUUUGUUUUGGGGUGAAGAUUGAGUUUCAGUCCUUUGGAUCUAGGUUUCCAGUUAAGUACUAGUCAAGUAUUAACAGCACAAAUAAUGGGUUAACUUUAGAAUAGGAAUUGGUGUUGGGGGGAGUGCAAGAAUCUUUAUUUUAUUUUAUUUUUUUUUGGAUGAAAGUUUUAUCUAUUAUAUAUUAAACAUUCUUGCUGCUGCGCUGCAAAGCCAUAGCAGAUUUGAGGCGCUUUUGAGGGCCGAAUUAUUCUCCAAGUUGAGAGAUGUCCUCGGGUUGAAUUAAAAGCCCUACCCAAAACUAGAGUGGGAACGGGAGAGCCUUUGCCUCCACUGUCCCACCCCCACCCUCCCCUUAACCCUCUGCCUUUUGAAAGCAGAUCAUUUUCACUGAGAUGUUGGACACUACAGGUGUGUGUCACCGGGCCAGCAGGGACCUCUGAAGCCUUCUUCAUGGCCUGGCUUUUUUUUUUUUUUUUUUCCCAUCCUGUGGUUUUUCUAAUGGAUAUUUAGGACUUUUGUAAUCUCAUAAGCUAUCCAGGCUCCACUUCCUAAAUUUUAAGAACUUUAAUCGAAAGUUAAAUUGAAGGUGCUGUUUGUAGACACUUAACACCCGUGAAAGCCCAGCCAUCAUGACAAAUCCCUGAGUGUUGUCUUAAGAAAAUGCUGCUGGCCAUCACAGCUUCAGCAUCUCCUGUUUUUGAUGCUCAGCUCCCCCUGCUGAACUCAGUUUCCUGGCUUCCCCUCCUCCCUCUCACCCUCUGCUGUCCUGUGUAGUGAUGUGGUGAGAGAAACUGCUGCCUACUCGCCCACCCCUGCCCCGCCCCUGCACUACAUAUGAGUUUCAAGUUUUAUUAUUGCAAUAAAAGUGCUUUAUGCUGGCUUUUCUCA